AUGUUGCUGGCUGCAGGCGCCGCUUCCUCAGCUGCUGCCUCAGCUGCUGCCUCUCUGCCCUCCGCACAGCAGCACCAGAAGCCUCCGCCGUGGGAGUCUGUGCGUGGCUGGCGGACUGUCCAUGUGAGCCACACCACCAACCCCCCUUCUCUCGGGGUGCUCCCCCCCGGCCCCUACACCUGCCCGGAUCCCGACUCGUAUGGCUUCGCCGUGGCGCUGCCCAACGAGACGGGACACAGCGAGCGCGUGUACCGCAUGAUGCCUGCCGUUAAGGCUGACUGGCUCUACCUGCCGCCCUUCCCAACACAGCAGCAGCAGCACCAGCAGCAGACCAACACAUGUCCGUCGUCAAGUGCUGCAGCAGCAGCUGCAGCUGGUGGUGGCGGCGGCGUUGACUCAUGGUCGGACGCAGAAGACGACGACGACUCGCCGGUGCAGGCCAAGGGCAUCCCCGGAGUGACAAUGGCGUCUGGCCCACCCAAGACUGCUGGUGGUGCCGGCACCGCUGCUGCCGCUGCUGGUGCCACAUCGUGCGCGUCGCCCCGUCCAUCGGCUGUACAGGUGUUUCCCGCCGACCACCCCUUUCCCCCGGCCGACACGACCGCCCGGCAGACCUUUGCCUACCCCAUCAUCUCCCACCCAAUCUCACCCGACUCGCGCAAUGCGCCGUUGCAGGUCACCAACGAACCGCUGCUGGGGCCCCGUGUGGUCACACGUGUGCCUUCCCCUGUGCCCUCGGCCCACCCGUAUUGCUAUGAGCCGCGUCCGCCGGCUAUUCGGGAGCUGUACAUGGGCAGCCCGCCUCCUGAUAGUGGCGACACUCCAUCGGCGAGUGCCGGUGGUGCCGGUGGUGCUGGUGCUGGAUUGGGUGGUGCUGGUGGUGUGUCGUAUCGUGGUGGUGCCAGCGGGAUGGUUGGGGGUGAGGACAGCCGGCGGCGAUUGCGGCGGGUGGCCAGCGACCAGGCCUGUGCUCUGAUGUAGACAGACAGACAAAGAGACAAAGAUGAUCUGACAGGGGGCGGAGUGGCUGAGAGAGAGGGGAUGUUUUUCUGUGUGUGGAGGAUAGCGUGCUCUUGAUGGUUGUCUGUCGUUUGGCGUGUGUGUGUGUUGGCUCCUAAUCCAUCACCUCUCCAUCUGUCGUGAGAAGAUGUGCCGAAGCCUUCCUGACGUGGCCUUACUUUGUAUGUGGCAGAGCGCAGAGGCAGGAUGGUCCGUGGCUUAAUUGACGUGUGCGUGCACUGCGAGGGUCGGAUGCAUCGACACCGGGGGGACCGACAGAUCGAAUGAAUCAUCGCACGGCG